CAACAGUUAUUGAUCGCGACUCAUGCCCACAACCUCUUGACAUCCCGCUUCCCCAUACCAGCGAGCUCGGCGCUCUGACAACUGCGCGGGAGCGUUACGUAAAUCGCGCAUUUGCGAAAAUACCGCGGCGGCUUGGCGUGUUGACGUCGUCGACGUCUCCCACUCUCUCCGGCAUGAGCUACGCGAACCCGCUCGCGGGCGAGGAGUACGAGCUAGCCCCGAGCGCGAGCGCUGGUGCGAGCGCGAGCACCAACGCGCCGUUGGAGCGCAAGACGAGCCGCGGGCGCAAGCUCACGCUGCACCCGAACCAGAGCACGCUGCUCUUCGCGGGGCCGGCGCGGCGGCGUGGCGCGCGGCGCGCGAGCUCGAACUUGGGCGCGCCAGACUCGCCCCGCGAAGCAAAGUAUAACCGCACCUUCUUCCUACAAGAGGACUUGGACCAGCUGGGCCCGGACCGCGAAGAGGUCAACCUGCCCGACUUUGGGCAUAUGCUGGGGCUGGAUGUCGGCGAAGACCAUUUCGCCGUGGCCGCGGCCAUGCGCAGCGCGUGGAAGCGCAAGCUGUACCUCCUCAUGGAAGAGCCGAGUUCGGGGCGCGAGGCGUUCUUCGUGCAUGUCGCCGUGACGGCGGCGAUAUUCUUCAGCGUGAUCCUCACGACGUUUUCGACGCUGCCGGCGUUCCACACGAACCCGACGUCUGUGCGCGUGCUCUUCGCGUUUGACACGACCAUCGUCGUGCUCUUUACGGUGGAAUACCUCGCGCGUACAUUCGCACACGCCGACUCGUGGGGCCAGUACUACAAGUGGGCGACGAGCUUCUUCGCCGUCACGGACCUGCUCUCGAUCCUGCCGUACUACAUUGAGCUGGCGCGGCAGGAGGACACGUCGAUCCUGUUCCGCUUCAGCAUCUUGCGCACGUUCCGCCUCCUCCGCGUCUUCCGCGCGUUCCGGUACCAGAGCCAGAUGCUGCUGACCAUCGAGGUCAUGUACGUGGCUGUGCGGCGGUCCAAGGACGCGCUGGUGGCCAUCUCGUAUUUCAUCUUUCUCGUGCUCGUGCUCUUCUCGACGCUCAUAUACUUUGCGGAGCGCGGGACAUGGGACGCGACGCUCGGCGCGUUCGUCGACCCCGACGGCGACGUGUCGCUCUUCGACUCGAUCCCCCAGACAGCAUGGUACGCGCUCGUGACGAUGAGCACGGCGGGGUACGGCGACGUGGUGCCGAAAACCGCGCUGGGCAAGAUCCUCUCCGUCCCGCUCCUCCUCUUCGGCUUGCUGCUCAUCGCGCUCCCCUCCUUUGUCCUCGGACGCAACUUUGCCAUAGUCUACGACGCAAUGGUCUCGUUCCAAGCACAAGCUGUGAGUCUCCUCGUAGCGUAUCUCACGCCAGCCAUCAUUGCAACAGACGCCGCGCGGCUCGCUGGACCUCGACACGCACGACGGCACCAUGACGCCCGUGGCGGAGGAGGCGGGCCCGCUCCUCCCCGCGCCGAAUACGGUGCGGAGAGGCGCGUCGCCGAACCCCGCGCGCAUGUGGCCCGGGGACCCGAGUAAACUUACCCCGCCAGUCCCCACCGUGCCGGGGAUACCAUCGGCCAAGCCGGCGCGCGAUAAAGAUCUGACAAACACGAAGCUGGCCAAGAACCAGUAUGUGCUGUUGGAGCAGAUCGAGGGGCUGCGGCAGACGGUGGAGACGCAGGGCGAGAUGCUGGGCGUGUUGAUGCGCGCGUUGGCAGAGAAGAAUGGGGUGGAGAUGCCGUUGGAGAAGGGCAAGGGGCGGGCGGGGAGCGAUGCUAGCGACCAGAGGCCGUGGGAAGAAUAGUGCGCGGGGUAGACGUAAUAGUGCGUACCCGUAGACAUUACGCAGAGGCUGUAUCGGUGGAG